AUGCUCUUACUUGCAAAGAUACACAUUCUUUUGCUGCUCCUUUGGGUUGCUGAAGCUCAACAUGUGGACAAUUCGCCAAAGGAGCUCUUAAUUUCUCAUGAAGCUAAGACGGAUCUUAUGAAAUUGGAUAAAGUUCUGAUUGAGAAUCUUCAGGAAUAUCUAAACAAACUGGAAGAGAAAAUCACAAAGUUACGAAAAAUAGUAGAUGAAAUUAGGCAGCCCCUGGAGACAGCCAAGGGUGUGGAAGAGGAGUAUCUGUCCAAUCCUUUAAACAGCUUUCCCCUCAUCAGGCACAUGCAUCAGGAUUGGAAAUACCUGAAGGACUUUAUGCAAAAGCCAGUGGGAGAAGAACAAAUCAAUUUCCUCAAAGAGACAUUACCAGAAUUGCCCAUGAAAUCAGAUGGCGAUGAAGCCACUCAGGCCAUGUUCCGAAUGGCCAGGACCUACAAUGCCACGCCCUGGGAUAUGGCUCACGGUUUCAUUGAUGGCAUACAGUACAGAAACUCCCUAACUGCUUUGGAUUGCUUUGAGAUUGGAAAACUUUACCUCAAGUGGGGUUUCAUUAACGAAGCCUCUCAGUGGUUAUACAUCACUUCGAUGUUUAAUUUGGACUCAAAUUUAUUUCAGACAUUGGGCUUGGAUCCAAAGGACUUGGCCUUGAUGCUGGCACGCAGUCUGGCGGUGUUGGGACAAGAUAAUGAAGCUCUCAAAGUCCUAGAGAAACAUCCCGAUCUAGCCGAGAAUCAGACUUCACUCCUGGCCUUAUUCAAGGCUUAUUCCAGUGAUCCCCCAAAAGGCAUACCCCAUCUGCCGGAGGAAUACUCAAAGUUGUGCCAAUCCUCGCAUGUUUCGAGUCCCUCGAGACUCCACUGUCGCUACAACCACACCACCUCGCCGUUUCUGAUCCUGGCUCCCCUCAAAAUGGAGGAGAUAUCGCUGGAUCCUUAUAUCACAGUUUAUCAUGACGUUAUCUCAGUGAAAAAAACCGAGGAGAUAAUACGCUUCGCAGAACCGAGAUUGAAUCCCACGUAUAUUUUCAGUCCAGAGGAAGGCCAAGUUAAGCAUCCUGCGCGCACCGCAUUGGGGACAUGGGUACACGAAGAAGACAUGAACUCGACAGAUUUGCCUUUCCAUAAUUUGUAUGAUAAGAUCCGAGACAUCACCGGAUUAAAUGUUGACGACAGCGAUGAGAUCCAGCUACUCAAGUACGGAUUCGGGGCUCACUACUGUCCACAUCACGACUACUUCAACGGGUCUGCUCCGGAUAUCGAAAGUCAUGGAGAUCGAAUUGCCACUGCACUCUUUUAUCUAAAUGAUGCACCACACGGCGGCGCCACCGCUUUUACCGACUUAAAUAUAAAAGUGCCGGCGGAGCGGGGAAAGGUUCUGUUCUGGUAUAAUCUGAGAGGCGAAACUCACGAUUUCGACUUUCCCACCACCCAUGCUGCUUGUCCAGUCUUUCAAGGCUUUAAAUUUGUCAUGACUGUUUGGAUACGAGAGUUGAAUCAGAUGUUUAUCCAACCUGCCUACCGCGAGGGAAGCCGUACAUAUUUCUUUUAAUUAUAUUAAUAAUUUCCCUAAUAAUCAUCAAAACCCAGUAAAUGUAA